AUUUGAGGUUUUUGACUUUUAGAAGCCUACACGCAGAAGCACAGCACAACAUUUGGGAAUUGCAAAAUUGGAGGGGAUUUUAAUGGCUCAAAAUCGUUUUUGUUAUGCUACAAUACAACACAGCAAUAGCAUCAUCCUUCGCUUCUCUUAUCCGAUUGGAUAUAUCAUAUAUCGCACCAUCCCCCAAAAAUCCCUUCUUCUUUCCUUAAAUCUCUCUCCAAAAUACUCCUAAAUUCAACAUUUCUUUUGUCUCUCCAACUCUACAACUACUGAAUUUUGAUAUCUCGCAAUGGGAUAGCUGAAAUUUGGGCAACUCGAUUUUGAUUCUCCAAUCUGUGUGUUUCGUUUGCCCUCGUUGGAGGUUGGAGUUCUGAAUCUUCGUUUAUUGGAUGCGUUAAGUCUCAUUUCGAUCAGGCAGUCAUCAUGACAAGCAUUAAGGAUUGGGUUUUCUCUCAAGUGAUAUCAAAGUCAGUAGGUGCCACCAGACCACUGUCAGCAUCUGAAAGUUUUUUAUCACAGGACUCACAGAAUGAAUUGUCACAGGACUCUCAGGAUGAAGAGCUUGGAAGAGGUUUUAGUCAAACCAAUACCAAUUUCAUUUCACGUCCAGUUUCAACUGAAACACCUCAGUCAUCUAGUGAUAUUCAGAUGGAACAGAGUAACUUGCCGCCACAAGUGGAAAGUUCUUCUGGAUCUAAUCUCAGCAGCAGUGUGGAGAAGAAGAGUGUAGACCCUCUCGCCAAGGUUGAAGCUCUGAAAAUUAAAUUUUUACGUCUUGUUCGACGGCUUGGCCCAUCGGUAGAUAAUCUUACAGUAGCAAAAGUAUUAUAUCGGAUCCACCUGGCAACUUUGAUACGCGCAGGGGAAUCUGAUCUAGAAAGAGCCAACCUUAAAAGUGAUAGAGCUCGAAUGAUAGCUGCAGAGCAAGAAGAAAUAGGUCUACCAGAAUUGAACUUCUCUCUUAAGAUACUUGUUUUGGGAAAAACUGGUGUUGGUAAGAGUUCCACAAUAAAUUCCAUACUUGGUGAAUCAAAGGUAGUGACAGAUGCAUUUCAGCCUGCUACUGAUCAAGUUCGUGAGAUUGUGGGAAAUGCAAAUGGCAUGAAGAUAUCUUUUAUCGACACUCCUGGUCUGUUGCCUUCAUCAACAAAUUCUGACACUAAAAAUCGAAGAAUUCUACACUCUGUGAAGCGGUUUAUUCGUAAAUCACGCCCAGAUGUAAUAUUGUAUUUUGAACGCCUUGAUUUGAUUCACAUGGGUGAUAGUGAUUUUCCCUUACUGAAGCUUGUUACAGAGAUUCUCGGCCCUGCAAUUUGGUUCAGCACCCACAUUGUUAUGACUCAUUCCGGUGCAGCACUUCCUGAAGGUCAAAAUGGGUAUCCUGUAAGCUAUGAUUCAUAUGUCAGUUACUGCAAACAGUUGGUGCAACACCACAUUCAUCGGGCGACGUUGGAUACAAAGCUUGAAAAUCCUGUAAUUUUGGUGGAGAAUCAUCCUCAUUGUAAAGUGGAUAACACUGGGAAAAAGGUUCUUCCUAAUGGACAGGUAUGGAUGUCCCAGUUCAUGUUAUUGUGCAUAUGCACCAAAAUUCUUGGUGAUGUUAAUACACUUUUGCAAUUUGAAGACAGCAUACAGUUGGGACCUUUGGGUAAUACCCGAUUGCCUUCUUUACCUCAUCUGCUCUCGUCUUUACUUAAACAUCGUCUCAAACUGAGCCCGGAUGGAGCAGAUUGCGAAACUGAUGAACUCUCUCUCUCCGACAUGGAGGAUGAAGAUGAAUAUGAUCAGUUACCUCCUAUCCGUAUUCUGACCACAGCUCAGUUCCAGAAGUUAACCCCGUUGCAGAAAAAGGAUUAUCUUGAUGAGUUGGAUUAUAGGGAGACCCUUUACAUGAAGAAACAGCUGAAAGAAGAUGGAAUCAGACGAAAGCAGAAAGAUGAUGUUGUGGCCUCUGAUGACAAUCCCGACGAUCAGGAAGGAUCUCCUGAGGCAUUCGAGCUCCCAGAAAUGUCUAUCCCACCAAGUUUUGAUUCAGAUUCCCCCGUGCAUAGAUUCCGCUGUGUUGUAACAAGGGAACAGUCGCUGGCGAGGCCGGUCCUGGACCCUCAUGGAUGGGACCAUGAUGUAGGUUUUGAUGGAAUCAACAUCGAGAUAGCUUCAGAAGUGAAUAAGAAUGUGAUUACCUGCGUUGCGGGACAGAUGAGCAAGGACAAACAAGACUUCAAUGUGCAAUGUGAAUCAACAGCAGCUUUCUUAGAUCCAAGAGGGCCCAUCUAUGCCGUAGGCCUCGAUGUCCAAUCUGCCAGCAAGGAAUUGAUCUAUACACUUCGAAGCAAUGCAAAGCUAAAGAGUUCCAACUUCAAUGUUGCUGAAUGUGGCGUCUCUGUGAUGUCUUUUGGAGAUAAGUAUUAUUAUGGCGCCAAAAUUGAAGACAGCAUCUUCACCAAAAAGAGGCUGAACUUCAAGAUGAAUGUUGGCGGGAUGACGAGUGCCGGGCAAGUGGCUUAUGGUGGAACCAUUGAAGCCACUUUGAAGGGGAAGGACUACCCUGUGAGAGACGAGAAAGUGAAUCUAUCCAUGUCAAUUCUCUCUUCUGGGAAAGAGACGGUUCUGGGUGGAAACGUUCAGUCCGACUUCAGAUUGAGCCGCGGCACAAGAAUGUCGGUGAAUGCCAACAUGAACAGCCGAAAAAUGGGUCAGGUAAGUGUGAAGGUAAACAGCUCCGAGCAUAUGGAAAUAGCUUUGAUUGCUCUUAUCUCGGUGCUCAGAAGCCUGAUGAAGAAGAAAUCGUAUAACAAUGGUGGUGGUAAAGAACCUCGAGAAAUAGGGUAGUAUUUUUCGUCUAACGUUGAUGAUCGAUGUUUUUGGCAAGAAUCUUUGAGAACUAACUUCCCAUGCAUAGAUGAAAAAAAAAGAAAAAAGAAAAAAGUGCAGAUGUGACGUUGAACAGGAGAUAGUUAAGCUUCAUGAUCUCUGUGGAGAAGUUGUUAUGAAGAUUUUGACGAAGGUAAUCAAUGUCUAUUCAAUUUUGUUAGCUGUGAGGCUCCAUAUACGAUUUUGAUGGACAGAAUCUUUGUACGAAAUACAACAGGAAAACUUUGAUUGUUUUUUUUUUUCCUUUGUUUUUGGAAGGGGCUGUGAUGGCCCAGCAUGAGUUGCAAAAUGACUAGUAAAUUUCUGAGAUUAUAUAGAAUAAAAAUGCUUAUUUGCAUGUUUAUAUUUCUAUA